AUGGGCGACGAUGCGAUCCCUGACUAUCUCGCAGUGGCUGGCGUGGCGAAGGAAGUACUGCGCGCCCUCCCCUUCUGGAAGGUGUUUGUCGAGCUGCGCGAAGCGUGCGGCCGGAAGCCGACGGUUGUGUCCUGUGAUGUCUCCAUAAAAAGCCGCAGGGCCUGCUCGCAUUUUGUGGGCGUUGACGUGUUGUGGGUGCAAUCAGAGGUUGUUCUUGUGAACAGGCGGAGAUCGGUGAGGAGAGGUGGUUCAAAGGACGCUCCCCAUCAGUAUGUUGAGAUGCAUCUCAGUUUUGGGUCGAUGCACUUCGUCCACCAAAACGCUCACCUCAUUGGGGGCGACCGGAGCUAUAAUUUGCAGUCGGUGGUGCUACUCCAGCGACCCGAGCAGAUGCAGUGUGUGGCGGGAAACAUGGUUCAUUUUGCCCUUCUUGUUUACGGGAUGCUGCAUCUCUCCCAUCGUGACAAUUCAGUGGAUGCACGUUGCGCCACUGUCCCUCCCUCUGACUCUACCGUGUUGGUGCUUGGGAUGGGUGGCAACAGCAUGGAGUGUGGUCUUCGUCACGUUCUCGGUUCAAAGGCGAGUAUCUAUGUGGCAGACGUCGAGCCUGCCGUCGUAAGCACCUGUAGGUCCUUCGGGUUGCUCAAGGAGAAUCCCAACACCCAUGUAUACGUUCAGUCUGCGGAGGAAGUACUACGUCUGUGCCCCGUUAACUGCAACUUCGUAUUCAUGGACGUAUUCGAGCCGGUAAAUGGACGCAUGGUAAACUCCAUGCCCCUCAUUAAGCAGGCCUUCAACAAACUUGCAACCGAUGGCAUUCUCGUCAUCAAUGAUCACAGUCUUCCCACCAUAGAGCACCUCCUGCCAUUAAUGCAACUUUUCGGUGAUCACAACGUGCAGGUCAUCAAUAUUCAUGGCUGGAAUGAAAGCGUUAUUGCAGCAAUCAAACCAGGGGGAAGUGUAGACGGACGGGGACAGAACUGCUCCAAACGACUUGCAUAUGACGUAUUGGAUGCCUAUGAGUCGCUAUAUCCCGGCUGGAUGCCAACUGAGACUUACAUCCAGCGAUCACACAUUCUAUAUGCCAAGGCGCCCUCCGCCAAACUACGCGCACGGCAAUGGACAUCUUGA